CUUGGGAUCCUCGCAUUUUGCACGUUGAUAAUCAAAAGAUUGAGUAUACUUUGACUUCAAUUCAGCCUGGUGACGUUGAAUGAAUCGAUUGACCCAGCGAUCACUAAUAAACGCGUCUUUGGGUUUUUUUACUUCAGUUUUGAUGACAGAAGGAUCUCUGCAAGAUAUCGUACUUUCGCGAUUGUAAGCGGAUAGCCUCGUGAAACUAAUUCGAGUAUCCUGCGCUUCAACACCAACUGAUCAUUGAUAGAUAGCUUUCCCAAGCUUGCCUCUGUUCCAGCGCGAGGUUUGACUCCUUUCAACCGUCCCUUUAGAAUGCUUAUCUUGACAUCAAAUGCCGCAGCGCACGCCUGCUUAGAGGGAAAUUGGCCUCGAUUAAAGGCCUCACAGGCAAGCGCUAGUCUCCUAUCUCUAGAAAGACCUCCAUACGUCUGGAUAGCUCCAAUUUUGAAUGAAUUAAGCAAUAUCGAAUAUUGCGUGUUGUGGAGGUUUGAAGCCGAGAGAGUCGCCGGCGGCUCGUUUUCCCGGCCGUUCGUGGUCCAAUUACGAUACGCACUGUUUGUUAUUCAUGAGUUGACCUUCAGCCGCAUUUGUGAGGCAGAUGAGUGGUCUGAGAAGGUUCUCGAAACGCUGAGCAGACGCGUAUAUGGGGUCGGGCGCCCAAUACAUGCUGCUGAGCGUUUCGGGGGCUCGGCCGCUUGGCUCCGGGAGAUCUCCGCACCCAAAUCCGGAAAGCCGUCCAGUCACUGCCUAAGGCCAGAGUGACCAGGUUAUGUCUUCCGAGCCCCACAGCCUGACCCCAUGAGCCUCGGUUUGCGUUCUGCUCGGCCUUUGCUGUUGAAAAAUAAGCUGCCUUUCCUGGGAUAACCGAAUCAAGACCAUUCCUUGAUCUCUAUGGGUUGUGUAGCAUCCAUCGCUUGUGGCCACAAUAGCCCUGAUCGGAAGGGGGCCGCUACCAUGGAAGGUAGCUAGAU